GAGGAGGCUGUCGGGAUGGGGGCUGGAGCCAACAUGGAGACCUCGGUGGGAUAAGGGUGAAACUGUUGUUGCCGGCUGCUCCGGUCUUCCUGCCCCAGCAUGUUGGUGCACUUAUUUCGGGUCGGGAUUCGGGGCGGCCCUGUCCCAGGCAGGUCGCUACCAUCCUUUCGAUUCCAGACUUUCUCGGCCGUCAGGUCCCCAGAUGGCCGCCUUGGUACCUCCCUCCUCAGGGCCGUGUCCCAGCUGCGGUCACAGCUCCGGGCCCACCUCCCUCAAGCCCUACCAACUCUCAGCCGGAGCCCCUCUGCCUGGUGCUGGGGUGGGGGAGCCUUGCUGGGCUCUGCAGUGCUCUACAAGUACCCCCGCCUCUGCCUUGUGGCACUAUGUGAGGCAGAAGAGGCCCUGCCCGCCUGCCCCUCACCCCGUGUUGUGGAGUCCCACUUUAACUGGAAGCUCUUCUGGCAGUUUCUGCGCCCCCAUGUGCUGGUCCUGGGUGCAGCCAUCGUGCUGGCAUUGGGUGCAGCGCUGGUGAAUGUGCAGAUCCCCCUGCUCCUGGGCCAGCUGGUAGAGAUCGUGGCCAAGUACACAAGGGAUCAUGUGGGGAGCUUCGUGUCUGAGUCCCGGAAGAUAAGCACACAGCUGCUUGUCCUCUACGGCAUCCAGGGACUGCUGACCUUCGGGUACCUGGUAUUGCUGUCCUAUAUUGGCGAGCGCAUGGCCGUGGACAUGCGGAAGGCCCUUUUCAGCUCACUGCUUCGUCAAGACAUUGCUUUCUUUGAUGCCAAAAAGACUGGGCAGCUGGUGAGCCGACUGACAACUGAUGUGCAGGAGUUUAAAUCUUCCUUCAAGCUCGUCAUCUCCCAGGGGCUGCGCAGCUGCACCCAGGUGGCUGGCUGCCUGGUGUCCCUGUCCAUGCUGUCCACACGCCUCACGUUGCUGCUGAUGAUUGCCACACCUGCCCUGAUGGGCGUUGGCACCCUGAUGGGCUCAGGUCUCCGCAAAUUGUCUCGCCAGUGUCAGGAGCAGGUUGCCAGAGCAACAGGCGUAGCCGAUGAGGCCCUGGGCAACGUGCGGACAGUUCGCGCCUUCGCCAUGGAGCCGCGGGAAGAGGAACGCUACAGAGCAGAGCUGGAGAGCUGCCGCUGUAAGGCAGAGGAGCUGGGCACAGGCAUUGCUUUGUUCCAAGGGCUUUCCAACAUUGCAUUCAACUGCAUGGUCCUGGGCACCCUGUUUGUUGGGGGCUCCCUUGUGGCUGGACAGCAGCUGACAGGAGGAGACCUCAUGUCCUUCCUGGUGGCCUCCCAAACGGUGCAGAGGUCCAUGGCCAACCUCUCUGUCCUGUUUGGUCAGGUAGUGCGGGGGCUCAGUGCAGGUGCCCGUGUCUUUGAAUUCAUGACCCUGAGCCCCUGUAUCCCACUCUCGGGGGGCUGCUGCAUCCCCAAGGAGCACCUCCGUGGCUCCAUCACGUUCCAGAACGUCAGCUUCAGCUACCCCUGCCGCCCUGGCUUUGAGGUACUCAAGGACUUCACCCUGACGCUGCCCCCUGGCAAGAUUGUGGCCCUUGUGGGCCAGUCUGGGGGAGGAAAGACUACGGUGGCAUCCCUGCUAGAGCGCUUCUACGACCCCACGGCCGGUGUGGUGAUGUUGGAUGGACAUGACCUGCGCACCCUGGACCCCUCUUGGCUCCGGGGCCAGGUGGUGGGCUUCAUCAGCCAGGAGCCAGUCCUGUUUGGAACGACCAUCAUGGAGAACAUCCGCUUUGGAAAACUGGAUGCUUCUGACGAGGAGGUAUAUGCAGCUGCACGGGAAGCCAAUGCCCAUGAGUUCAUCAGCAGCUUCCCCCAGGGCUAUGACACCAUUGUGGGCGAGCGGGGCACAACCCUGUCUGGUGGCCAGAAGCAGCGUGUGGCCAUUGCCCGUGCCCUCAUCAAGCAGCCCACAGUGCUGAUCCUGGAUGAGGCCACCAGUGCGCUGGAUGCUGAAUCUGAACGGGUGGUGCAGGAGGCCCUGGACCGAGCCAGCACUGGCCGCACUGUGCUGGUCAUUGCCCACCGGCUCAGCACUGUCCGUGCAGCCCACUGCAUCAUUGUCAUGGCCAAUGGACAGGUCUGGGAGGCUGGGACCCACGAAGAGCUCCUGAAGAAGGGUGGCCUCUAUGCAGAGCUCAUCCGGAGGCAGGCCCUGGCCACCCCACCAACAUCAGGCUCACCUCGAGAGAAGCCCAGAGGCCCUAGGAACCACUAGCACAAGUCCUGAGAAUGGCCCUCUGAGGUCUGGUCGUUGCCCAGCAUCAGGGACAGCUCAGCUGGGCGAGCUGUCCAGGGACUGGGCCCCUGGAGGGCCAGCAUGCUAGGUGUGGCUGUGACUGCUGCCUCUCCACUCACAGUAAAGCCAGGCCCACCAGCUGGGCUGGGGGUGGUAUCUCUCCCACUCACUCUCAGCCCUGCUGCCUGCCACUGCCUUCCUGCCAGAGCACAGAAUCUUUGGGCUGCACAUGGUGAGGCAGAAUCCCCAAGGCCUUUCUGCUCUGUCCUCUCUCUGCCCCAGCUCUACCCAACAGCCUGAAGUUGUCUGGACCCUCAGCUCCAGGAAAUUUUGAAAAUUCAGAGUCCAAGAGUAGGCCUGGGAAUCCAGACCUGAGCUCUUCCCCAUUCCUGCUAGGAUCUCACUUCUUCGUAAACUGGGGACUGACUCUCCCACUGGAAAGUCCCUGCUGCCUCUCCGACCCUGAGAGGAGGAGCCUCCCCUUGGUCCAUCCUCCACACAUCCUCCCUUCCAACCCUCUCCUCCAUUACCACAGUCUUAAUAUCUGGAUUUUACCCACCAUCUCCAAGGGGACAGAUGCUUAACAGGACCCACAUGGGUUGGGGUAAGAGGGGUGGGACACUAUUACUGUCCCUGCCCUGUGUGACUUGAGUCUUUGACCUGGUGAGACUGUGAGCCAGCCUCCUGCUUGAAGGAGACAGGGGCCUGCAGCACACCCAGCAUGCUCAGUGGGCCCGUGGUGCCCACGGGGAGCAGUUGGUGCAAAGCCAUGGGGAGGCUCAUGGAGCACGUGGCUUGGGGCCUCACCUUGGAAGGGGAUGGACAGGCCGACAGCCCUAGUGACGUGCUUAUGGCCCCAAAGCUGUGAAUGAGACAGUUCUGGGUCCCAGCUGGCUUCUAGGGGUCCAAGAAAGGCACUGUGAAAGGCUCUUGGACUGCAGUGGUGCCCAGAACCAAAAGCAGUCAGGACCUUAUGUCCUUCUGAUGCUGCAGAUGCACCAGUCCUCCUCAUCUACUCCCAGGGCUGGUGGCCUCCUGCCUUGAUGCUGCCCUUGUCUCUUCCCACUAAGGGUCUUCCCUUGUCUAGCCAUUUCCAGACUGGGACUCCACAGAGUCCCACUCUCUGAGGCAUGGGGAGAGUGGGUGCCUGUGCCACCCUUCAGAACCAGCCAAGCAUUUUGCAUUUUUCCUGCAGCAAAGAAGUAUUUCCAUUUUUCAGGGGGCAGGAGCAGUGGUGUACAAAUGAGGUAAAAGAGGCAGCAGUGGCUUAGGUGUGAGUGCAGGAGCCAGGUUGGGACUUGAAGCAUCUGUGGGCAUGGUUUAGGACCAGAUACCACUAUGGGGCAAGCCAUCCAAAAGCCCCAGGGCCCCAACAUCCUUGUUUGGUAUCCUGCUUCCUGACUGAUCAGAGGUUGCAGUCCAGGGAGCAAGAGUUUAGGGCUGGCUCCGGGUUGCUUGGCCACUAAACUAGAGCCUGGGCGGGGACUCGGCGUCCUAGCUGGUCCCUUCUGCUCUGCCCAACCCUAGGCCUGGUUGUUGCCUGAUGCCUUCCUCACAGGGCAGGAAGCUAGACAGCUCCUGUUUCCCAUCCCACCUCCAGGCCCAGGCCACCCAGCUUCAAGAUGGCUCUUCCGGAAUUGCCCUCCUCCCACCACCUGGAGAAGUUAGAGAAACCCCACGGCCAGGCAGAUGAGCUGUGCAUCUGCACUCACUGGCCUGUAAGCUCACCUUGACCUUGCUGUGCCAGCUACUCUGCAGAGAUACGGUCUGGCUAUGCUUGGUCUUGAAAAGUCUUUUCCAAGGGAUAAAUAAGAUGAACUACAGUGAAGUACUUAAAAACACGGUGCAAUAGCCUGGGAAAGUGGUCACAUCUGUGCUACAAGCCAUCAUAUCCACUUAUCCCUUCCAAAGUAUUAUACUUUUCUCACGUGCCACUCAGUCCGAGAUGGCCCCUGCCCCCUGAAGCCUGUGAGCCAUUGCAGCAUGGUGUAGCCGUAUUUGGCUGGUGGAAAUAUGUGCUUCCUACUCAGCUGGAAGUCUGAAUAAAUAAAUCUGGUGGCCUACAA